AAGGAACCUUGGUCAAUGAGAACUAGGAAUGACCUGCUCUCAGGAGUUCCAGGUCCUCUCUAUCGAUUCAGCAUGAACCGGUGUAAUCGGGAACAUCUUGUUCGGAAAAUGGCUGAUAAGGAGAGAGCGCUCAUCGCAAAGUACUACGAUGAGGAUGGUAAUUUGGUCAAACGCCGUCGAACACGCCAGCAAGCCAAGCUGGCGUCCUGCGUCUCCAGCAUUCAGGAGUUCGAGGCCAGCGAGAUCCACACUCUCCCGGACGAGGUGCUGCUGCUGGUGUUCUCCCGCAUGCAGUCUGCGGAGCUGCUUCCCCUCCGCCUGGUGUGCCCGCGAUGGAACCAGCUCGUCCUCGACCCCACCGUGUGGCGGCGCCGGGAGAUUGUCGUGAGCACAGGUGAUUGGAGCCCGCAGGUUCGAGGGGUUGGCUCUACAGACCUUCGCACCGCGGCCAGUGUCUUGUACGUCGCACCCAUGCUGGAAACACUCGAGAUUCCUCCCGUUCGUUAUUUGCGAGGGGAGAAACUGAUGAUGGCGGCAUUGUUGGAGGGAAGAUGUCAGAUGCGCUCCCUGACCUGCGACUUGGCGCUCCGUGUGGGCGCGGACGUCCACUCGGCGCUCUUCCGCAGACUGCAGCCGAGCCUCGUCGCGCUCGACGUGGGGCUGUCGCACGGCGCGUCGCAAGGCGGGAGUGGCAUGGCCGCCAUCAAGCGGCACCUGGCCAACGCCCUCGAGCUGCUCGACGACUCCCCACUGGAACGCCUGGCCCUGCGCGGGAGCCGCGGCUACUCCUACCCCAUCAACCUCCAGCUGCAGGACUUCGAGUUCAAGAAGCUGGAGACGCUGCAGAGCAGGUUCGUGUUCGCGUCCUGGAGCUCCCGCGGCGGCUGGAAGGAGAACGCCAUCGUGAUGAGGUUCCGGCGCGUGUGCACGACGAUGCGCACCUACCUGCCGGGCGUGUGGAGGCACGUCCUGAACCACACCAUCGGGCCCGACGGCCCCCUCCAGGAGGACUGCCCCAUCCGCACGGUGAGGACCUGA